AUGGAGAAAAAGCAUCUCUCCCCCAUUGCCAACGACGUCCUCCGGAGAUGUGCACAGCAGCUAGACACUUCUGAGGAUGCAUUGGUUCAAGAAUUCGAGGCCCAGUGGUCACCCGAAAUAAAUGGAUCAUAUGCAAGGAAAUUAGUGGAGUUCUGCUGCUCAAAGGCUCUUGCUAAUAUUUGUAGUGGCAUAAAAGAAAAGAUCAAUGACGGGUCGUAUAGUCAGUUCACAUUCAACAUGAUGCUCGCUUGGGAGAUGCCUAGCUCAGCUGAUGAAGAGUCAUAUACGGAGUGUGUGGCAAAAGAGAAAGAGGACAGGAAGGUUGAUGCUGAAAAGCCAAGUGUUGGAGAAGAUUCAUUUGUCUGGUUGGCAACUUUAGUUCCUUUCGCAGCAGAUGUUGUGAAUGGGAGAUUUACUUUCGAAACUCUGACCGCUCCAACAGGGAACCGGCUUCAUUUUCCUGCUUAUGAUAAAUUUCUUAAAGAGAUUGACAAAUGGAUAACGCACUUGCAAAAUCAAGCACCACCAAAGGGUGUGGAAUUGGCAGAUGAUGAGUUCAUACUGCACGUCGAGGGAACUGCUACCUCUCAAAGAGUAGUGCGCCAUAUUGGAGGAACUAGCUGGCCGGAAUUUCCAGGUAGGCUUACAUUAACCAAUUACGCUCUCUACUUUGAGACAUUUGGAAUCAUAUCUUAUGAAGAUGCGAUUAAGCUUGACCUUUUGAGGGACGAUGUGAGUGUGAAACCAGCUGCCACAGGCCCAUGGGGAGCUCCACUUUUUGACAAGGCCAUAGUUUAUGAGUCCCCUGAAUUGCAAGAGGGUGUUGUGCUAGAGUUUCCAGAGUUGACAAGUUCGACGAGACGUGAUCACUGGCUUGCUCUUGCAAAGGAGGUUAUGUUAUUGCACCGGUUUUUACGAAAAUUCAAAGUGGAAUCUCCGGUACAAAAAUGGGAAACGCACGCACGGACCAUAUUAGGGAUUACAAGACUCCACGCGGCUAGGGAAAUGCUCAGGAUCUCACCCCCGGUUCCCAAGAGUUUCCUAAUUUUUGUUUUGUAUGAUGAGGUGCCCAAGGGGGACUACGUUUUAGCAGAGCUUGCUGAGAAUCUGAAGAAUGUUAACAGUGGCACUCCAUGUAGUGCUAGUUCCAUUCUAAGGAACUUAAUAGUUGGUCAAUCCUGUGUCUUGGGUAUAGAGACAGAAGUCUCCCAGAAUGGUGAAAGCGUAACAAGCCAAGCUGAGAAACUCUCAUCAUUGGAUAAUACAAUCAGUCAAGUUAGGGAGGAAGCAAAAGAAAUUGAGAAGGCCCAAGCUCCUGCCGAGAGGCUGAAAGAGGAAUGGCUUGGUGAUAGUAUUCUUGUUCUUAUGGUAAGUGCAGCAGUCGAAAGCUUUAGUUUUCAUUACAUCUUUCAUUUAUAA